UUUUAAAUAACCAUCAAUACAUUGGGAUGAUCAAUCCACAAUAAAUGUAUUGAUGUAAAUUAAAAAUAUGAACUUGUAACAGAUCAAGAUUCAGGGUCUAAAAUUAUAGAAAGCUUAAUAAUGGAGGACUAUUUCACUAAAAUCACUUUUCGUUUGUACAUUAUUUUCAAAAAGUAAAAGGAGAUGUACGAACCAUAGAUCACAUAAUAAUUGAAAGGGUAGAUGAUCUGCCACGUUGGCAAUCCGUGUGAUCUAAAGUCUAACAAAUCACAAUCAAUCUUAGUAGCCUAUACAUAUAGAGAAGAGCAAAACCCUAAAGCCCACUCAUCUUCUCAAUUCCCAGAUCAUCUACAAUAGUCAUUUCUCUUCGAUUUCUUCAAACUCUCAUCAAAUCGUUUAUCUGUUCUAAAUUUCGAAGAAGACGAUGAGUACAGGCGCAGGAAGCGGAACAACCAAAGGUGGCAGAGGAAAGCCAAAGGCCACCAAAUCCGUCUCUCGAUCAUCUAAAGCCGGUCUUCAAUUCCCCGUCGGAAGAAUCGCUAGAUUCCUCAAAUCCGGUAAAUACGCCGAGCGUGUCGGUGCCGGAGCUCCGGUCUAUCUCUCCGCUGUUCUCGAGUACCUCGCCGCCGAGGUGUUGGAGCUGGCGGGAAACGCAGCAAGGGAUAACAAGAAGACACGUAUAGUACCAAGACACAUUCAGCUUGCAGUGAGGAACGAUGAAGAGUUAAGCAAACUUCUGGGAAGUGUGACGAUUGCGAAUGGAGGAGUUUUGCCAAAUAUUCAUCAGACUCUUUUGCCAUCCAAGGUUGGCAAGAACAAAGGAGAUAUUGGAUCUGCUUCUCAGGAGUUCUGAGGUUCUUAGACUUCUUAGUUCAGUUCUCUUGUUUGGAUUCGGAACUUGUAAAAUAGACCCUGAUGGUGUUUUUUGGGGAUCAAAUUAGGUUUUAAAGCUAAGUAUAUUUGGCUUUUGCCUAAGUAUGUUUAAUUAGUGAAUGAUAUGAUAUUUCGGAACGAAUCAUGUAUCAAUGGAACUGAAUUAAUCGAUAUAUCAACCCAGAAACAUUUUGAAACACAAACUAUGCAUACUUGAUUCUUUAUUGCAG